GCACAGUCAGUCGCCAUGGAUCGCUGGCGGGGCCGGGUGGCGGUGGUGACUGGCGCCAGCGCGGGCAUCGGCGCCGCCGUGGUGCGCGCCCUGCUGCGGCACGGCGUCACCGUCGUGGGCGUCGCCCGCAGGCCCGGCAGGGUGCAGGAACUCGCCAACGACGCCGGUGGUGGUCGGCUGCACGCGCUCAAGGGCGAUGUGAGCAAAGAGGGCGACGUGGUGGCCGCCUUCCAGUGGGUGCGCCAACACCUCGGCGCCGUCCACAUCCUCGUCAACAACGCCGGUAUCUACAGCGAGGCCUCCCUCACCGAGGCCACAGAGGAGGACAUGCGGCGCGUGGUGGAGGUGAACCUGCUGGGUCUGUCGCUGUGCACGCGUGAGGCGGUCAGGCUGAUGCUCGACCAGGGCGUACACGACGGCCACAUCGUCCACAUCGGCAGCGCGCUGGCCCAGAGGCUGCCCGAGACGUCUGAGGGGGCGCUGUCAGUGGCUACCAAGCACGGCGUCCGCUGCCUGGCCGAGGGGCUGCGGAAGGAUCUGGCAGGGCGCGGCGCGCGCACCAGGGUCACAGUGAUCAGCCCCGGCCUGGUGCUGACCGACGUCUUCCAGGACUUCAAAGUGCUGACCCGCGAGGCGGUGCUGUCGCGGCCGCACCUGCGUCCUGAGGACGUGGCCGACGCGCUGCUCUACGCCCUCAGCACGCCCCCGCACGUGCAGGUCAACGAAUUGGUGGUGGAGGCAGUUGCACAAGGGUCCCAGCCCCAAACACAACUGUAGCAGUUUCUUGUGGACAGGUGAACGAGAAGUGGCUCAUCAUCUUGACCAUAUUCUUAUUUUCUUGUCGACAGUUCUUUGCUAAGAGGGAUACAAAGUCCUUCAUUUGCUUUUACUGGUUACAAAAAAGCUCAAAUAGAAAUAGAUUGUCUGUGAGAAUAAAGAUUAUCUCCAUCUCUGGAGCUUUGUAAACCACAGGUGUGAACGA